UUGCAUUUGCAUUUGCAUGUGAUUUAAGUUAAUUUAAAUACGAAUUUCCGAGGGAUAAAAGAACUAACAUUCAAAGCAAUAGAAAAAUCAAGAAGAAUCAAUAAUGAAUAUUUCGCUUUUUGUGGAGCCGGUUGAUGAAAACCAGUCUACGGAUAAUCAGCUGGUACAAUAUCCUGUCUAUGGCCCGUUCUAUGGCAUAAUGGGCGUGGCCUCGUCCAUAGUCUUCUCUUCGAUUGGCGCUGCCUAUGGCACAGCAGUGUCGGGCACGGCGAUUGCUUCCACUGGUGUUAUGCGACCUGAGCUGAUCAUGAAGUCAAUCAUACCCGUCGUCAUGGCUGGCAUUAUCGCUAUCUAUGGAUUGGUCGUUUCAGUGCUGAUAUCUGGCAAAUUAGACUCGGCAGCCACCUAUUCGGUUGUCCAGGGCUAUAUACAUUUGGCUGCCGGUCUAUCUGUGGGCGUUUGUGGCCUGGCCUCUGGCUAUGCCAUCGGAUGUGUGGGCGAGGCAGGUGUACGUAAUACGGCCCAGCAGCCGCGGCUAUUUAUUGGCAUUAUCUUGAUUUUAAUCUUUGCUGAAGUCCUGGGUCUGUAUGGCAUGAUUGUGGCCAUCUAUUUGUAUACAAAAGAUAUUUAAACGAGAAGCAUCUGAUUUGUUAAUAAGUUUUCUAGUUAUAUUUAUAUUGUUAUUUGAAUAAGUUUUGCAUUGUAUUGCAUUGGAUUAUGUUCAUUUAGUGGAUCUCCAUUGAAGACAAGCUUUACUUCAUUAAAAAUAUAAAAAUUUAGACUGCAAUCCAUUAUAAACUUAAAUUUAUGGCCCGCUUGAAAAUCCAACUUGGCGCCAAAGUAUUCCCGCCUAGAAAACGUCAAAUUUUUGAGAUGACAUUUAGUUCGUGAUGUUCAGAGUUGCUGUGCUGUUGCCUUUCAUUUAACAUAACAUA